AUGGACAACAGUCUUACCCUCUUCAUCCGGCGCAAGCACCUCCCUACUCGACACCUCAACCAGCAGCAUCCGCCCCAGCUGCUGCACCGUAUCAACUACCACCGCAUGCAACUAAUCGAUGUUUCCAAGGCUGAUUUUGCACGGAAUCCUCUUGAUACUAGUAUACAAACAAGACUGAAGGCGUUGCUGGACUUGCAAAAGCUCCUGACGAGCCAAAAUUUGCCUCAUGACCAGUUGAUGCUCGUUAAAGACCGAGUCACUGAGCUUGCUGUUGCCGUAAAGAAUCAAGCCCCUAACUCCCUCACACACGCGCCUACACCCCCUAUCGCCGUACAACCAUAUCCUCCUCCACAACAAGUACCCGUAGCAGCACCAGUAGCUCCGAAUCCGCCUGCUUCGGCGCCUCCGGCAGGAGUCUCCCUUGACUCUCUGUUCGGAAAGGGAGCUCUGGCGACUCUAUUGGCGAGGCAGACUCCUACGCCUCAAGUGUCAACACCAUACAUGCCGCCGGCUGCCGUGGCACCCAUACGGUCUCCAACACCUCAGCGCGUUGAGCCACACAAACCUACUGCACCUCCACCCUCGGACCCUAUGGCUCUGCUGAACAUGCUGAGAGGUGCUGGUAUCCUUCGCGGAGCUCCACCGGCAGGCGGUACACCAGUGAAUGUAACACCGGUUCCUCCUCCGCCGUCAGCGCCUCCUCCGAUACCACCUAAUCUAGCCUCCAUCCUUGCUGCUGCGAGGGGAGUUGUACCGCCUCCGCCUCCCCAAGGAGGAAUUAAUAGCAUCGAGCUGAAAGCUUCAUCGCUAAAACUAUUCCGACCUCACCUGUUAUCCUUGUUGUACGAGGACCUCGGUCCGCCAUGUACACAAUGUGGCAGACGCUUCAAGACAGACGAUGAAGGCAAGAAGAAGAAGACGGCGCAUAUGGACUGGCACUUCCGUGUGCAUCAGCGGAUCGCCGAGGCGGAAAGGAGGGGCCAGCACCGGAGCUGGUAUGUUGAUGAGAGGGACUGGAUCAAUUCCCGCGAAGUCAUCGAUACAGAUCACGUAGAGACAUCAGAAGAGUCAAAGGGAGGAGCAGCGAGCGCAGCCUCGAAGGCUCCCAAGCUGAAAUGGAUCCCUGUUCCGGACGACGGCACGAACACGGUGUGCCCAAUCUGCCAGGAGAAGUUCGAGAUGAAGUGGCUCGACGAGGCUCAGGAGUGGGUGUGGAUGGAUGCUCUCCGAGUCGGCAACCGCGCAUAUCAUGCCAGUUGCUACGCUGAGGCGUACAAGGACGGAGGAAGCACGCCGCUUUACUCGCGCAACACACCGGAGCCGGUGCUCGGCAAGCGGAAGGCAGAGGUCAGUCCCGGCUCCUUUAAGAAGAUCAAGGCUUGA